GGGGAAGGCUGUGAUACGUGAAGCCAGGUGAGGGUAAAGGUGGGUGGAUAGGAGAGGAUGAAUUGAGAAGCGAGGAGGUGAUGGGUGGAAAAGGUAAAGGGCUGAAGAAGAAGGAAUCCGAUAGGAGAGGAGCAUUUACUUCCACCAUCUUCAACGAAGUUCUACCACCAAAUACCUCUUCACCCACCCCAAUCCCCAUAUUCUGCCGGCAUCGCUUGCUCCGUGAUUCCCUUGUCCAUUUGUUCCUGCCCACUGAUCUCCCUCCUGGCACUUAACUCUGCAAGAGAAGAAGGGCUACACCUGCCCAUUCACCUCUUUCCUCACCUCCAUUCAGGACCCUAAACAGUCUUUCCAGGCGAGACAAUACUUCUACUGUAUCAGGCGAUCGCGAUGCCACUUCCUCUACCUCAGUGAGACCCCAGCGUAAACGGGGGCUGCUUUGUUGAGCACCUUUGCUCUAUCUGCAACAAGUGGACAACUAUUUUAAUUCCAAUCCCCAUUCCCAUUCAUACGUGUUCAUCCAUGGACCCCUCUACCGCAAGGUCCGGCUAUUCUCAGGUGUGAAUUCUGUCUGGAUAGCCUCCACCCUGAUGGCAUGAACUUUGACUUAUCAAAUUUCUGAUCAUUUAUGCCCCUCCCCCUCUUCUUCCAUUCCCCAUUAUGGUUCCCCUCUUAAUUUUUCUCUUCUCCUUAUCUGCCUAUCAACUCCCUCUGGUGCUCCUCCUCCUUCCCUUUCUCCCAUGGUUUGCUCUCCUCACUUAGCAAAUUCCAUCUCCUUCAGCCCUUAGCCUUUUUCACACAUGACCUCUCAGAUUAUCUCUUCAUCUCCCCUCCCUCACCAACCUGGCCCACCUAUCACCUUUGAGCUUAUACUCCUCCCCCUCUUGGCUCCACCUUCCCCUUCCUUUCCAGUUCUGAUGAAGGGGGCUCGGACCAAAACAUUGACCCUUUGUUCCUUUCUAUAGAUGCUGCCUGGCCUGCUGAUUUCCUCCAGCAUUUUGCAUGGCUUGCUCUGGAUUUUCAGAGUUGCAGAACCUCUUGUGCUUAUGAUUUAUUGACCGACCCACUAGUCCCUCCAGCACUUGAGAUGUGUUAUUAAAAAGCAACAAUGACUCAGAAAGACUCUGCCUCCGAACUUGCUGCUGAAAACAGAAAUAUGAUAGAUAGCGAAUAGAAAAAAUGCAGAAAGAUAAACAACGCAUGAUAAGAGAAGCUUAAAAGCUGUGGUGUCUCCAUUAGAAAAGUGCCAUACUCUUUUCCUUUGCUGAAGUUACAACCGCCUUGAAUCUAUUACUUUUGACCACGGCAGUAAGUGAAAGGUUGUAUAAUUCAGAUGUUCCCCAUUCUCACCUUGAGAGGAUGAAAUGAACAAACAUUGUAGGAUAUCCCAAACCAGAAAAUGUCACAGUGGGAAUCUCAAGUCUUUAUGGUGGAAGAUAUGCAUUGCUGAUCAGGAUUUGUUGCUACGGGGCGUGCAAAGCCAGAGCUUUCCAUUUCACCACUCCUUGUUACUUUGGUAUUUGCAAUACAAAAACUUGCUCCUUGAACUCAUAAAAAGAACCUGUUGCUCACUAUCCCUGUUGUAACUUGUCACCCUUGAAACAACAGCUUACCCAUGAACCGGAAAGGUGACUGAGUUCUGCAGCUGAGUUCUGCUUCCAAAUUAAAUUUGUGUGUUGUAUGUCAUUCAAAUUCAGCUACAACCGUGAGUGUGCUCCAUACAGAUCGGUGUGAUCAGCAAUUUUCAAGAUGGAUAGUCCUGGAUGGAAAAGCAGAUUGCAGAUUGCAUGUGCUCUUAGCAUUUUCAUCAUGCUGCCUUGUCCAGUCACACAAGGGGCUAAAAUAUUGGUUGUACCUGUGGAUGGAAGUCAUUGGAUCAAUAUGGAGAUUCUAAUAGAAAAACUAAAAGAACACGGACACAAUAUCACAGUGCUUUCUUACUUACCAACUUUCUAUUUAAAAGAAAGACCAGAUCUCUUUGAAUUCAUAAGGACUAAACAAGAGAAAGAUAUUGAACAACUUGAACUUAUGAAGUGGAUUGAAUAUCUUGUGCAAAAUUCAUUGGAAAGCUUCCAGAAUAGUUGGGCAACAUGGGGCAAAAUUAAGUUGCUGUUAACUUUUAAUCUUUUCAGGUAUCAUUUACAUAGAUCUUUUCAGCAUGAAACCAGGGCAAUAUUUGAAAACAAAAGCUUGUUAAACCGACUUAAGAAUGCAGAUUUUGAGAUAUUGCUUGCAGAUCCCGUUUUAGUUGCUGGUCCAAUGCUUGCUUAUUAUUUAAAAGUCCCAUUGGUGUAUAAUGUUCGAUGGCUUCCUUUUGGAGAAGCUCAUUUUCAUUUUGCUCCAUCGCCACUUUCUUACAUCCCAAAUCCAGGCUCACACUUUACAGAUCAAAUGAAUUUUCUCCAGAGAACAGAAAACAUUGUGCACUAUCUUAUUCAUCUAGUCACCUCAGAAUUAUUUAUAUACCCAAUAUAUAAAGAAAUCUGUCAUCAACAUCUGGGACCAGACACAGACAUCCAAACGCUUCUCUUGAGGGCUGAUUUGUUGCUAAUGAGAAUGGAUUUUGUGUUUGAAUUCCCAAGACCCACCAUGCCAAAUAUUGUCUACAUUGGAGGCUUCCAGUGUAAACCAGCCCGACCACUAGCGGCAGAGUUUGACGAGUUUGUUCAAAGCUCAGGAAAGCAUGGACUUAUUGUGAUGUCAUUAGGAUCUAUUAUACAUUCCUUGCCAAAGCAGAUUACAAUGGAAAUAGCUGAGGCAUUCGCUCAAGUACCCCAGAAGGUGAUUUGGAGAUAUGAUGGAGAAAUCCCUCCCAAUGUAGGUAAUAAUACACUACUGAGAAAAUGGAUCCCUCAGAACGACCUUCUGGGACACCCCAACACCCGAGUCUUCAUUUCGCACGGUGGUACCAAUGGCAUUUACGAGGCCAUCUACCAUGGGGUGCCAGUGAUUGGCAUGCCUCUUAUUUUUGACCAGUUUGACAAUAUAGUCCGACUUGAAUCCCGAGGUGCAGCCAAGAUGCUUAAUGUUGUAACCAUGCAUUCAGCAGAUCUAUUGCAGGCACUUAAUGAGGUGAUAAAUGGCACAUUUUACCGGGACAACAUGAAGAAACUCUCUGCCCUCCACCGGGACCAACCAGAGUCCCCAAUGGAGCGAGCCGUUUUCUGGAUUGAGUACGUUGCCCGACACAAAGGAGCAGGCCAUUUGCAUUCUGAAUCCUACCGACUGCCCUGGUAUGUUUACUAUUGUGUGGACGUGAUGGGCUUACUGUUGUCCAUGUUGCUCAUGGUCACAGUGCUGAUGGUUGUAGCACUGAAGAAACUUUGUCGUAUUGCAUGUGGAGGAAAACAAAAGACCGAGUGAGGUUACACUAUUUUGUAUUGGGAUAUGGUGCUUUAUGUUCUUUAGAAUUAAUUGAUUUUUUUUCUGAAGUUAUUCCAUGGAACAUUCUUUCCAGAUUUUAUGAAUUUAGCAAAGGCUACUCUGGGAAUAAAUCAUUAGCAAUAGACGCAUUAUAAUAUAGACUUUGUGCUUUGAUAUACACAAAAGAAUUGAAACUACCUGAUCCACAUUUCACAGGGAAAACAGGGGAUGUAAAAGAGUAAAGUGACUAGAGGUAUAAGGGAAAGCAGACUAAUUCAGCUGACCUAUGAAUAAAGAAAUAUUCUUUUGAAAUGUAUUUGAUUUUAAUGCUUCUUCAUGUCAGUCAAAUUAUUUUUAUCACUCAUGAAUCCUAGAGAUAUUUUGAUCUAAAAAUUAUGCAAGAAAUGUCAAAGUUUAGUGUCAAGUGUAUCUUUGAUGCUGAUUGCAGUACAGAGUAAAUAGUUUUCAAUGUGCAGGAAAAAUGUAUUUACACAUAUUGUCUGCAGACAAGUGGGCAGCAAUAUCAAGCGAUCUGAAAAGGAAUGGUCUGAAGGUUCCCCAAACCUGUUGAGUCACUCAGAUUCCAUCAAUGUAUUGCAUGCAUUAACCUUAACAUGUUUGCUCAACAACAAUCUAUCAAUGUUCAUCAGCCUAUUAUCCCUCUGGACCAGGGGUUCCCAACCUUUUUAAUGUUGUGGAACAAUACCUUUAAACAGGGGGUCUGCGGAGCCCAGUUUGGAACCCAGCUCGAGACUAAGUAGCUUAAGUAACUUGAAUGGAAGGAGUUGCAAAUAUCCUAAACUUGUAACAUGCAAAAUGCCUACACUGGUAUACCCCUCCCCCAAUUUUCAUUCAUUUGUAUCUAUACAUCAUUGUGAUGUCAAGAUUCAAUUGAACACAGGCCUAGGUGACGCAAAUUGUCCUUCUGUUUUAUCCUAUCACUCCUUAACUGUGGUUAUAUUUGCUCUAAGAUGUGAUGUCCCAAAAUGUAGUCUGUCUAGCUUUUGCUUUGUUGGCUUGACAUCUAAUCUAUUUUUAUCAUUUAAUUAUUUAGUGCUUUGUGUACAAUCCCACAACAAUUAGCAUUUAUAUACACAGUAGCCACUCUAUUAGGUAUAUCCUGCAAUAGUCCCUGCAAUUUGUAAUGACCUGUGUGCGCAAAAAUCUUGUGCUGUGCAA